UUUGACAUUACGUUUGCGGAAGUUUACAUUUCGAUUGGAAAAACGUGUUCUUCAUGGAAGCGGCGCGAGGAGCCGGUUAACGGUUAUCUUUAGCUUUCUUGUUCCUGACAGUGUAGCAACUCCUCUCCACAAUGUAUUCCGUUUUAAUUAACGCGGUCUUGUCCAGCUCUCCUGACUACGACCUGUUGUUUGAGUCUCUGGCCUGGCCGAGUGACUCAUGGCCGGGGACGGAGCGAGUGGAGGCGCUGACAGCUUUCAUUGAGGGACUCGGGCCACUUUUGGCCGACUCGGACACGUUUUCAGCUGCGAAAAGAACAUCUAUUAAAGAUAAAAUCGACUCGGUGGUUUGGACUCAGUGUCUGCCUCUUCUCUCCAGAAUAUCAGCAGAAGCCGGUGGGGACAUGCGGUGCAGGGAGAGCACCGCUGCUGCCUGCAGGCUUGUGAGUGUCUGUGUCCCGCUGUGUGACGAGGCUGUGCCGGGGCGGGUCGCUCUGUCUGUCCUGCAGUCGCUCCAGCUGUCAGAGGAGGAGGCGUCCGCUCCGGGACGACUCAGUGUGGAGGUUGCUAGUGAAGUCAUGGCUGCUCUCAUACCGUUUCUGUCAGCAGAUGAGCAGCUCACACUCACCACCCUGUCAGCUAGCCUCCCCUGUAUCAAAACACUCCCUGAUGCACUGGUCUCCAAAGUCAUAGUCAGGCUUCUUUUAACUACUCUGAACUGCUGCAGCACUGCGAGGUUACCCAGCAUCCUCCAGGUGAUCCUGGAUGAUCUGUGCACUUGGCACUCCACAUCCCGCACACCUGUGGUCACAGAGCGGUCACUGCUGUGUUUGACCGCCCUGUCAGACCACCUGCUGAAACCUCACAGCCUUCCCUCUUCUACCUCCUCCGACCCUCGUCUGUCCCUCCAGUUCUGGAGGAUGGUUCAGGAUGGACUGACUCACAGAGACAGCGUGUCACGUAAAAGGGCGCUGUACCUGCUGAAAAUGUGCGUGGCCCGGUCAGAGGAGGAGGGGGUGGACUGUCCUGUCUCUCCACCAGAGGAGGAUGACAUCUUGUUCAAAUGGGCCUCUAACAGGGGCAAACUGCUGAGAGAGUUCUGGGAGGAUUACGCGCUGGUGAUGGAGACCCUGGAGGAAAACCAGAUUCACGUCGUCCGACCAGUUCUAAACAGAAUAGACACAUUGAUCCAAACUACAGUGAAGGAUAAUCAAGCUUUAGAUCAAGGCGUCUUCCACCCCUCUUGGCUGCUGUGUGUUUACCAGCGGAUGUUCCACAGUGAGAAUAAAUCCUUAAUGAGAGAGGGAGUGUGUCAUCUGCUCGAACUGCAGGUCCUCCAGCAGCCAGCCUUUGCUUUGGCCUUUUCUCAGUUCAUCGUCGGCCCUUUUAUGGACGUUCUGUCCGAAUCUUCGCUCUUUCACAGGUCAGUUGGGCAGAGUAUAGGAGAUUGUCCUGAGCUCGGGGCUAAACUCCAAGUCUUCAUGACCUCCUUCUUCAGCAGCCUACCAUCAGAGCAUAGAGGCCGUAUGUUGCUGCAGAUGAUUCAGCAGCUGUGCUCUAAGCACUGGUGUGCAGCACCCCUUUUCUUCCUCUCCCAGGCUCUGUCCAAACUCCCUCCAGGUCCACUGCUGGGGCCCGACGGGCUCACCGCUCUCAGGGAGGUGUUGCGCUGCACCAUGAUAACUCAUCAAGUCCUGCUGAGAGGUGCUGCUCAGUGCUUCCUGCUGAACAGCGCCCUCUGUCUCAUAGAAGUGAAUGCAGUGACCCUCGAUGAUGUUUUUAGUUUCCUGAUGCAUUUCCGUGCGGACGAGUCGCUGUGUCGAGGGACGCAGAUUUGGAAUCAGUUGUGUACCUGGCUGUUGGACAAUGAGGGCAGUUUCAAGCCCAGGAUCAUGGAUGGAGAUUGUACUGCCACAAAGAAAGAAACCGUAAGAGGCUAUGUUGAAAGCGAGAUACACACCUAUCUCCGAGUCCCAGCGAGCACAGGUCACUCUGAGAGGAUCCCUGACUCCAGAGAGGCGGAUAAGUUGGCCAGGGCCAUUCUGCUGUGUGUGGACAUGGAGAGGAAUCAACCGGGAGCAGAGAUCGGUAACACUCUGGAGUCGUUACACUCUCCGCUGCUGGACACCUUGAGCAGAGUCAGCACCAAUAUGUACCUGCCUGUGCGGAAGAGUGACAAGAGCCUGCAGCUCAUGCUCCGACUGUUCCAGCUUGGAGGAACACCAAGCUGUCAGCAGGCUGGAGGGGAGCAAGCGGAAAAUGUGAUGUGUGCCAUGAAGAAGCUCAUUUUUAAAGUUGUGGAUCAGAUCGAGGACUUCAUCUUGAGGCGGCUGCUUGGGGAGCUUCAGGAGCUGUUUGAUGUGGAGCGGGCGGAGCUGUAUCUGUGUGUCCUGAGGCAGCUGGUGGUCAUGUACAGUUCUACACUGCAGCACCACAGUACAAUUCAGCAGACCUAUUUCCCUAAACUCAUCAAGUUCAGCCUCAAGGUCCUGCAAGAACCAAGCCAGCAGAUCAACUCUGUUGCAAACCAGGUGGCGAAAGCGGUUGCGAUGGCUUCCCUGGCUACAGUUUGUGUUCUCGUGGAGCAGGAAGUGAUUGACAUGCAAUCAGAGACCGUUUCUGUUCUGAAGUCACUGCAUGACUACUUCUACAAUCCAGUGUCGUCUUCCUGCCAAAAUCAGUCCUUACUCGGGAAUUUCAAUGAACGCCUGCUGAAACCCCAGACAGAAGACGGUUCAAGUGAUGUAGGAGUGCAAGGUUGUCUGCUGCAGGACUGGGGACGCAUCGCUGCCAGUUUUAUGCGUGACCAGUGGAUCUGUCUGAGUGUCCUGAUUAAGACCAUUGGGAUUCCUGAGUCCGUAGAGAUUUCCAGAACGUCUGAGACUCUCAAAGCCGCUCUGAGCUGCAGCGUGGAGGCCCUGGCUCUGCUGCCCAGUGACCUGGUGCUGCCUGUGCUCACCUUCAUGGAGACAACGCUGCCACAGCUGCUACCUCACGAGGAGGCCAUGUGUGUGGAGGCUGUGACUCAGAGCUGGGAGCUGGUGCAGGGUCUGAGCACCAACGCUCACGACUUCUGGCCGGCCCUGAAAGGCUUCGUCUCCAUGGCCUUCCACCGCAAACUGCUGGAGCUGACGCACGCGUCUGCCCCGACGCUUCUGGCCACCUUGAAACAGAUUGCCACCGAGCUGAUGGAGCUGUCUCAGUCGAAGAGCGGAGUGUUCGGCGUGCUCCUUCAACACUGCUGUCAGACGUGGCUGCCCACAGACCGAGGCAGCGACCACACUGUGUUUUCUAGUGUUUUUAGCCACAUCAACAUACUCACUGAGGCUUGUGUUUAUGGACCAGUGUUCAGGAGAGAUCAACGGCUUAUCCAGGAUGUCCAAACAUACGUGGAGCAGCUCGGUGAAGAGUGCGCUGCCAACGUUGCAGUUACAAGUGAUAACAGGGAUGACCAGUUGCCUCGCACAUGUGUGCUCGCCUUCCUCAGCCACUUGGAUUCCUCUGAUCUGCAGCAUCAAAGGCUGAUUGAGGAACUAGUUAUGGAUUUAUUAAAAAGGGAUAACGACAUAUCAAAGUCAAAAGUACGUUACUACAGCAACUCCCUGCAACAUCGUGUCAAAAACAGAGUUUGGCAAACACUGCUGCUGUUGCUGCCCAAGCUCAGAGAGGAGUUUGUUACUGCCGUGCUCAACCACGUGUUUGAAGCUGGAUUCUGCAGCAACCAGGCCUCAGUGAAGUACCUGAUCGAGUGGAUGAUGAUUCUGAUCCUCGUCCGUUAUCCACAUCACAUUGACAGUUUUUGGGCUUGUUUCAGCAGGGAUCAUGACAAGACCAAGACAAGCAUCUGCACCUUUCUGUCAGUCCUGGUACAUUUCAACGUCAUCAUUCCUAAUCUUGAAGAUAAGGAUGCUCACCUGCGUAAAGCGCUGGACAUCAUCCUGCAGUGGUGUUUCAACCAUAACUUCAGUGUGCGCCUGUAUGCUCUCCUGGCCCUGAAGAGAGUGUGGAGCCUGGCUGGAGUCCGUGCAGAGGAAGGAGCCGAUGGGUUCGGGGGGCUGUCCACUGUGAUCAAGGCCUGUCUGAACCAGGCUGAGGCCAUGCAGAGCACCGGAAAUGCCAACAAGAACUGGACGAGGAUUCAGGAGCACUUCUUCUUUGGUGCCUUUCAUCCUAUCAGGGAUUACAGUGUUGAGACCAUAUUCUAUACGUUCCCCAGUCUGUCAGAGUUGGCCGAUGAUGAGUGGAUUCCUUCCUGGAAGUUUGAGAAACUGUCCUGUUUCCCUGAAAGUCCAUCUUUUCCUUUGAGAAAUCCUGCUCCGGACCUGAGCCAGCUCCAGCCUGGAGACUGGAUCCAGCAAGACAAAGGCGAGCAGAAUAAGGAGGAGCGCUGGGCCGAGGUGCAGAAGAAGAUCACUCCCUGGAGGUUGGGGAUCCAGGAGCAGGAGCCUGAACUUCAGCUGGUUCCACAGCAGAGAGCUGCUCGACUGGGCAAGCUGCACGGCGCCCUGGUGGUGGUCGCCUCAUUAAUCGACAAGCCCACUAAUCUAGGAGGUCUGUGCAGGACCUGUGAGAUCUUUGGUGCCAGUGCUCUGGUUCUGGAUAGCCUCCGCCACGUCAGCGACAAACACUUUCAGUCCCUGAGCGUCUCGUCUGAGCUGUGGCUUCCUCUUUUGGAGGUGAAGCCAGUGGAGCUCAGUGACUUCCUGCAGGUGAAGAAGAGUGAAGGGUACUGUAUUGUUGGAGUGGAGCAGACCGCCAACAGUCAGAGCCUCCAGGACUACCAGUUCCCCGAGAAGACCCUGCUCCUUCUGGGCAACGAACGAGAAGGUAUCCCUGCCAACUUGCUCCAAAUGUUUGACGUGUGUGUGGAGAUUCCUCAACAAGGGGUGACCCGCUCGCUCAACGUGCACGUGAGCGCUGCCCUGCUCAUUUGGGAAUACACACGGCAGCAUCUCGCUUCAGCCGAAGUCUCAAAAUCCGAAGACUGAAGAGGAAAGCAGCAGUGCAGAUGGAUGGACGAGACGUCUGACCUCCGGAUGUUGACCUCGCUUGCUCUUCUCUGGAAUCGACAGUAAAAAGCGUCUUGGGGGACAUGAAGAUGCUCCAUGCAGUAAACGCCAGGACCCUGAGGACCUUCAUGCUCUGUCUAGACCGGACUCUGUCCUUUGAGGUUUUAAUGUGGUCAGCAGUCAUCAGUGCUCCUCUUGUGCCUUAAUGAGAGUCAUGAAUAGAGAGCGGCUCUCGUUAUUACAUCUAAAUAUUCCACUGGGCAUGCUGGUAUAUUAAUGGGUGCAAUCUCUGUGUUGGCAGAGGAGAAGCAUUAAUGGGAAUUUUCCCCUUUGAGGGGGCAGUGUGUUGUUUAUGUGAGCAAUUAGUUUUUUCCUCCCAGCACCCUGACUGGACUGUAAAGACCAUUCCCAGGAAACUAUUAUACAUAAUGUAUAAAUUCUGCUUUGUUAGGGCAUAAUUAUCUGUGUGCUCAAUGUUUUUAUUGCAUUUUUUUGCUGAUUUUUAAUUAACUGACUUUUUUUUUUGAUACGGUUGAAUAAAUGAAAUCUGUUUUAUGUA